GAGCCACAAACUAAACUACAGCAUACUUACAGCUCCACAUUUCUCUGUGAGAGUGUGAUUGCCUCGCCUGCUGGAAUGGCUCCAUUACUGAGCUUGUCAUGUACACCGCUGCUUCUACUGUCUCUUAUUGGAGUAUGUUGCACGAAAUUUGUAAAGGCAGAUGGAGUGAGGUCUGAACUCCGCAUAUUUCAUCACUCAUGCGCCCUAAAGAAAGACGAAGGGCCGUGCAAGGCAAUAAGGGACAGGUUCUACUUUGACACUGACACAGGUCACUGUGAGCCCUUUGAAUACGGAGGUUGUCAAGGCAAUGCAAACAAUUUCGAGACCCUGCAGGAGUGUGAGGAAAUGUGUCUUGUGAAAGAGGAUAAGAGUCCAUGUCAUCUGGAGGAUGAGCCGGGGCCAUGUCGAGGACUGGUGCCUCGCUAUUUUUUUGAUUUCAAGAGCAAGGAAUGCAAACGAUUCUUUUAUGGCGGCUGCUUUGGGAAUGCCAACAACUUCAAGACCAUAAAAGAUUGCAAUGAGAGAUGUCUAUCUGGCUCAAACCACAUGGAAAAGAAUUCUCCAUUAAAACCAGUGGAGGAGGAACCAAAACCCAGGACAGAACCUCCCCCUAAACAUGAUGAUGCUCCUUUGCAUGCAUCACAUUUGCCACUGCAAAGAGUGCCCAAACCAGAUGCACAGGAACCAGAGUUCAGUCCCCCAGAAAUCUGCAUGAGUCCAGUUGAUCGAGGCGAUUGUGACGGCUCUGAGAGGAGAUACGUGUACAUCCCCAGGAUUGGGAGAUGCCAGGCGUUUCGCUACAGUGGCUGUGGAGGCAACAAAAACAACUUUGUCCACAAGAGACACUGCAUGAAAAUGUGCAUGAAAGAUCACGUCCGGAGAAAGCAAAUACGGAUAAAGACGAGGAACUCAAAUAUCUUAUUCCGAACUGUCUAGGACAUACAUUUUCAUGAUACCAAAUCCUAAACCACUCUUUUAUGCACCUUUGGUAUUGUGGUUGAGAAAAUAAGAGACAGCAGCAUGUACUUGUACCUUGCUGACCCACACAUUAUUAUCAUGUAUAUAAUUAUCACAGUUAAUGGAUUUUAAUCUUGGUUUCAUAUAUGAAGACAUUCUGUUUAUUUUAAGUGUAAAACAUAAUUUUCCUCUCUAUAUUGUUUUAUGGGGAAGAAAGGACAAAUUUACAUACUAAAUGACUCAUUAACUAUACAUUAUAAAUUAAUCAUUUUUUCACAAUGCGGCUUAUGGAUCUAUUUAACACUGAGUAUUUAUGGCUGUUAUAAAUAUUUGCUGAGGAUUCUAAAUCCUUUCUUUUUUGUAAAAUUGUUCUCAAUGUUUAAACAUACUAAUUUUUUGUCUUUUUAUAAUGUUUAUACAGUACACUCCAAAUCGUUUCCUUUUCUGCCCUUGCACUUAUCUUGAACUUAUGCCACUGUUUGUAUGUAAUGACUAGAGGGAAAUAACUGUCUUUUAUCCAGAACACAGUGAUGAACCCUUGAGUCUAGCAUAAAAAAUAAAAAAAAAACUUAAAUUUUAUAAUAAAAUAUACUAAAUGUGA